AUGGCCGGCGAACCGAAAUCCGCCGGCGUCAAGGACCCUUCCUCCUCAUCCUCCUCGACGAUUAAGAAUGGCUACCUCGUCUUGUAUAAUGCCGCGUCCGCGACGCUGUGGUUGACAGUGCUGGGCCGCGUCGCCGCUGCCAACGUUGCCGGAGGCCCCGAGCUCGCGUACCCGGCUGUCGGCGAAUUCUGCAAGUGGACUCAGACGCUGGCCGGCCUCGAGGUGUUGCACUCGCUUCUGGGCAUCGUCCGCGCGCCACUCUUCACCACCUUCAUGCAAGUCUUCAGCCGAUACGCCAUCGUGUGGGGGGUGACGGGGCUGUUCUCAGGGCUGGCGCGGGGCGAGGUUGCGCGGUCGGGCGACCUGUACUCGGCGGUCGCGUACUCGGCCAUGCUCAGCGCCUGGGGCGCCACCGAGGUGAUCCGGUACUCGUUCUUCGCGCUGUCGCUCGGCGCUCCCAUCCUCGCCGCGGGGCCUCUAGGCCGCGCCCUCCACUGGCUCCGUUACCACGCCUUCUUUGUCCUAUACCCCGUCGGCAUCUCGAGCGAGGCCUACCUUAUCUGGCGCGCUGUCGCCCCUGCCCGCGACACCCUUAGCCCAGUAUACGCGAAUGUCCUGCUCGCUUACGUCACCAUCGUGUAUCCCCCUUCGGCCUACAUCCUCUACACGCACAUGAUGGCCCAGCGCCGCAAGGUCACGAAGGCCGCUAAGGAGCAGAAGAAGGCAUGA